UGCCCGAACGACGCUCAGCUGGCUCUGCGCUUACGACGACCCCUUCGAAAAAGAAAUAGCUAAAUAUGUACGAGGGCCAUGCCGUCGAUGUUUUUGUCAAAAAUAAUGUCUAUAUUAAUCGUUGAUCGUGAAAGUUGAUAGCGUGUGAAAUGUAGUUUAUUAAGAAAUAUUGCCUUGAGGGCAGAGUACUUUGUCGUUCGCAUCGUCAAUUAAAAGCUAAUGUUUUGACAAUAUUUACGGUGAAAUUAAAAUUGGGGCGACGCCUCACCAUUGCGAACAUAAUCCCCAUUAUGAUGUUGGGGCGGAAGCAGAGUCUCAAAGGGGAACCCGUCCUGGCUGACUACGGCCCGGAGGAGUGCCUCAAUGAGAGCGCCGACAUCGAAUGGGUUAAUAAGCAAUGGGUGCGAAGAUCGAUGAGACUAUGUGCUCUGGUAUCACUCGCCUCGGUAUGUCUCAACACCCCGAAGACAUUCGAGAAGGUACCGGAACUUCAGUGGGUCACUUUUACGUGCGAUCUCAUCGUGACAUUUCUCUUCACCGCUGAAAUGAUUGCAAAAAUGCACAUUCGCGGAAUAUUGAAGAGGGACAAGUCCUACUUCAAGGAUCACUGGUGCCAAUUUGACGCGACGAUGGUACUCUUCCUCUGGCUGUCAGUUAUUCUCCAGAUGUUUGAGAUGCUGGGUUUAGUUUUGAAGUUCAGUGCAGCAUCGGUCAUACGUUCACCAAGGCCCUUAAUUAUGAUACGUUUUUUACGGGUAUUUCUCAAAUUCUCAAUGCCGAAGGCCCGAAUCAAUCAAAUUUUCAAGCGUUCGAGUCAACAGAUUUAUAACGUGACAUUAUUUUUUCUCUUCUUCAUGUCACUUUACGGACUUCUCGGUGUACAAUUUUUUGGAGAACUUAAAAAUCACUGUGUUCUUAACACAACCGAUCCGAAGCACAUUACGAUCAACAGCUUGGCCAUACCCGACACGUUUUGUUCGACCGAUCCGGAAUCGGGUUAUCAGUGCCCGGAGGGAAUGACGUGCAUGAAACUCGAACUCUCAAAGUACAUCAUGGGCUUCAAUGGCUUCGACGAAUUCGCGACGAGUAUUUUCACCGUUUAUCAGGCUGCUUCUCAAGAGGGCUGGGUCUUCAUAAUGUAUCGAGCAAUUGACAGUUUGCCGGCAUGGAGAGCCGUUCUGUAUUUCAGUACGAUGAUAUUUUUCCUCGCAUGGCUAGUGAAGAACGUAUUCAUUGCCGUUAUAACCGAAACGUUCAACGAGAUUAGAGUGCAAUUUCAACAAAUGUGGGGGAUCCGAGGACACAUUACGAACAGCUCAGCUUCGCAAAUUCUGUCGGGUGAUGACAACGGCUGGAAGUUAAUAACGCUCGAUGAAAACAAACACGGAAGUUUGGCGUCGCCGGUUUGUCACGCUGUUCUUCGAUCUCCCCAUUUCCGCAUGGUCGUUAUGUGCGCCAUUCUCGCAAACGGCAUCACCACUGCUUCGAUGAAUUUCAAACACGACGAUCGACCCCGACACACAUACUAUGACAAUUUUUAUUACGCCGAAAUCGCUUUCACCAUUUUUCUCGAUCUUGAAACUCUCUUCAAAAUUUGGUGCCUCGGAUUUCGCAGCUAUUACAAACACUCCAUUCACAAAUUCGAACUCCUCCUGGCGAUCGGCACGACCAUCCAUAUACUGCCCUUCUGCUAUGCUUCGGGCUUCACAUACUUUCAGGUUCUCAGGGUCGUCAGACUCAUCAAAGCCUCGCCGAUGCUCGAAGAUUUCGUUUACAAGAUUUUCGGACCAGGCAAAAAGCUCGGGAGUUUAAUUAUCUUCACGAUGUGCUUGCUGGUCAUUUCUUCGAGCAUAUCGAUGCAACUUUUCUGUUUUUUAUGCGAUUUUACUAAAUUCGAAACAUUCCCAGAGGCUUUCAUGUCCAUGUUCCAAAUUCUGACACAAGAAGCUUGGGUCGAAGUAAUGGACGAAACGAUGGUCAGAACUCACGAGACGAUGGCACCGCUGGUCGCGGUUUAUUUCAUCCUGUACCAUUUGUUCGUUACUCUGAUCGUGUUGAGUCUUUUCGUCGCUGUAAUCCUCGACAAUCUCGAGCUCGACGAGGACAUAAAGAAACUCAAGCAGCUCAAGUUUCGCGAGCAGAGCGCUGAAAUCAAAGAAACUUUGCCAUUUCGUUUACGAAUAUUCGAAAAAUUUCCUGACAGCCCACAAAUGACGUGUCUGCACAAGGUUCCAUCGGACUUCAACUUGCCAAAGGUACGCGAGAGUUUCAUGCGCCAAUUCGUUUACGAGGUCGAAGACGACGAGACCGAGAGUACGAAAAAAAUCCACGAAACUUUCGACUCGAAAAUGGUCUAUCGGAAACAACGCCCCGUGAAAAUAUUAAACAAUCCACCCAAAGUUCGAAACGUCGUUACGAGCCUAAAGAAAGCUGCAAUAAUUUACAUAAUCAAUGACUCGAACAACCAGAGACUAUUGCUCGGGGACUCGGCCAUGAUUCCCGUGCCUGGGAAAGGUCUUCUGAAGCCUCAAGGAACCGUUAGCAGCGCUAAGCAAUUGAGAAUCGAUCAAAAAAAAUCGAUUCGCAGAAGCGUUCGAAGUGGUUCUAUCAAGUUGAAACAAACUUACGAGCACCUCGUAGAAAAUGGUGACAUAGGAGCGAUGAAUCGAGUCACUUCUUCUCGAAGCAGACCCCACGACUUGGACAUAAAGCUGCUUCAGGCUAAGCGUCAGCAGGCCGAAAUGCGAAGGAACCAGCGAGAAGAUGAUUUACGAGAGAAUCACCCAUUUUUCGAUACUCCAUUGUUCGCUGUUCCGAGAGAAAGUAAAUUUCGAAAAAUAUGUCAAUUGCUCGUCUAUGCGAGGUACGACGCAAGGCUCAAAGAUCCACUGACAGGGAAGGAGCGCAAAGUUCAGUACAAAAGCUUGCACAAUUUCUUAGGACUCGUGACGUAUCUCGACUGGGUGAUGAUUUGUGCCACCACGCUCUCCUGCAUUUCUAUGAUGUUCGAAACACCCAAGUUUCGUGUUAUGGAAGUACCGGCUUUACAAGUUGCUGAAUAUGGCUUCGUCAUAUUCAUGAGCAUCGAAUUGGCACUCAAGAUUCUCGCCGAUGGCCUAUUCUUCACGCCGAAAGCGUACAUCAAAGACGUCGCCUCAGUAUUGGACGUUUUCAUUUACGUGGUGAGCCUGGUAUUUUUGUGCUGGAUGCCAAAAAGUGUUUCGCCGAAUUCUGGAGCGCAGUUAUUAAUGAUUCUCCGAUGUGUCAGACCCUUAAGAAUUUUUACGUUGGUACCGCACAUGAGAAAAGUCGUUUACGAAUUGUGUCGUGGUUUCAAAGAAAUAUUGCUCGUAUCGACACUUCUGGCCCUGCUGAUGUUCGUCUUUGCCAGUUACGGAGUUCAAUUGUACGGUGGUCGAUUGGCCCGAUGCAACGAUCCAACUAUUCUCAAACGGGAAGAUUGCGUCGGAGUUUUCAUGAGACGAGUUUUCGUUACGAAGAUGAAGUUGAAACCAGGAGCGAACGAGAGUUACCCCUCGAUUUUGGUCCCGAGAGUCUGGGCCAAUCCAAGGAGAUUCAAUUUCGAUAAUAUCGGGGAUGCGAUGCUGGCGCUCUUCGAAGUCCUUUCGUUCAAAGGAUGGCUCGACGUCAGGGACGUUCUGAUCAAAGCUCUCGGCCAAGUCCACGCGGUUUAUAUCCACAUCUACAUUUUCCUCGGCUGCAUGAUCGGCCUAACGUUAUUCGUGGGCGUCGUUAUCGCCAAUUAUUCGGAAAACAAAGGAACAGCUUUGCUAACGGUUGAUCAGCGGCGAUGGUGCGAUCUCAAAAAAAGAUUAAAAAUCGCCCAACCUUUGCACCUGCCACCGAGGCCGGAUGGGAAAAAAUUUCGCGCCUUCAUAUACGACAUAACGCAAAAUAUUUAUUUCAAAAGAUUCAUCGCUGUUAUGGUUUUGAUCAACAGUGCGUUGCUCUGCGUCUCGUGGAGAAGCGAGGAAAAACAUACCGAAGCCCUGGCCACCGUGUCAACGAUUCUCGUAUUGAUAUUCGUCGUUGAAGUAAUAAUGAAAAACAUCGCAUUUACUCCACGUGGAUACUGGCAAUCACGGAGGAAUCGAUAUGACCUCCUCGUAACCGUCGUUGGUGUGAUAUGGAUCGUUAUUCAUUGCACUAUGAUGAAUGAUCUUUCCUACGUGAUCGGUUUCAUGGUGGUAAUUUUACGUUUCUUCACCAUAACCGGAAAGCACACGACCUUAAAAAUGCUCAUGCUCACUGUUGGUGUCUCUGUCUGCAAAAGUUUCUUCAUUAUUUUCGGAAUGUUUCUUCUCGUUUUUUUCUACGCUCUCGCUGGUACUAUUAUCUUUGGCACUGUCAAAUAUGGCGAGGGUAUUGGCAGACGCGCUAAUUUUGAAUCCCCCGUAACUGGCGUCGCGAUGCUCUUUCGUAUCGUCACCGGCGAAGAUUGGAACAAAAUAAUGCACGAUUGUAUGGUGCAACCACCUUAUUGUACACCCGCAGCGAACUAUUGGGAAACUGACUGUGGAAAUUUUCACGCUUCGCUCAUAUACUUCUGCACUUUUUACGUCAUCAUAACGUACAUCGUUCUCAAUCUUCUCGUCGCCAUCAUCAUGGAGAACUUUUCCCUUUUUUACUCGAACGAAGAAGACGCACUUUUGUCCUAUGCGGAUAUAAGAAACUUCCAAAACACUUGGAACGUCGUCGAUAUUCAUCAACGAGGAGUAAUACCCGUGCGAAGAGUGAAAUUCAUCCUGCGAUUGUUAAAAGGUCGAUUAGAAACGGAUCCACAAAAGGACAGACUUUUGUUCAAAUACAUGUGUUACGAGCUUGAGCGGUUGCACAACGGCGAAGACGUAACUUUUCACGAUGUGAUCAACAUGUUGUCCUAUCGAUCAGUCGAUAUUCGAAAAGCUCUUCAGCUCGAAGAGCUUUUAGCUCGCGAGGAAUUCGAGUACAUUAUAGAAGAAGAAGUUGCCAAGCAAACUAUUCGCACUUGGCUUGAGGGAUGUUUGAAAAAAAUUCGAGCCGUUGGGAGACAACAAAACAGUUUGAUCGCGGGCUUACGAGCGACAAACGAUUUGGCAGCAACGACGCAGGAUCACACGGAAGAAAAAACCAAAGAAAAUAAUGUUGAUCGUGAAGAAGAAGUUGAGAACAAGGAAAACGAGGGUAUGAGACACCGUGGCAAAAAGCCAGUUGUUCUGCCCAGAUCGGACAGCAUCGGUAGCGGUUCCGGGAGGAAAUAUCUCGCUCCGACACUGUCCGAUCCAGCGUCGGUGAGAAGCGAGAAGGAAAAGAUGGCGGCCUCGAAAAAGCGAAAUAACCGGCCAACACCGGUGACGAAAAACAAUUUGCCUUAUUUGACUGAGGGGACUGAGCCGAGUCGACAGCCUAGAGAAACGACGAGCACGAAGCAACCGUCUUCCAAAGUUUCAAGCGUUAUGUUGGAGGUUCGCGAAUGGUGGCGGGAGCAGCUCGCUUACAGCAGCGAAUCGAGCGAGGAUGAGUUUUGAGAGUCUUUCAAGGAUCCGUUAAAUCGAAGAGUUUAAAAGAUAGAAAAUGCUUAAAAUACGUAAGCAAGUUGCGAUAGAACUCGAGAGGGCCGAGUAUCGACUGCUCGGAAUAGAAAAUGAAAUAACUGCAUUCUCCAAAGCAGGCUCACUCUGAACGGUGAGAACCUGAGAAAGGAAAAAAAGCAGAGAUUGACCGACGGUGGAGUCUCGACCGAGGCCCGUGGUCAGUCGUUUCCCUUAUUUUGGGAGCCCAAAAUCUCCGUUGCGAGAUCCAAUCGCUUCAUUCGGCUGAUAAUGCCUCACGACGAAUCUGUGCCGGUUGGAAACCCUCACACCCCCGUUUUGGGUUCCCAAUGGAGGGAUAUUUAUUCACAAAUAGAGCCCGGGUGCCUAAAAAUCGUUUCGAACGAAUUGUCUUGUUCAGUUGUCGGUAUCGGCUCGUAACGACCAAUUUUUUUCGCUCUUAACGUUUCUGAAAAAGAGAAAAACACUGGUAAGUUUGAAUUUUUCUUUAAACAAUUAACAAUUCCAUUCGCAUCAUUUCCUUGAAAACAAUGAAAAAACAAUGAAAAGUGACUCAUCGAAAAUAAAAAUACUUUCAAUGGAUCGACAACAGAAACGGUGAAUUAUAAAUCGUGUAGGCACUUUUAGAUUUUAUACGAGGAAGAGAAGAAUGGUGUUUAGAGCACUGAUAUAAGUGAGAUAGUUGAAAAAGAAGAGUCGAAAAGUCGUCGAGAUUUCGGGGUGUUUAAAAAUGGGCAACUGUUAGUACAAUGAGCACCGGAUACGUGUCGAACAGUUAUUCAAGAGAGUAAGAGAAACGUGUUCCGGCUCCUCUUAUAGAUACUAAGAUUAUUAUCUUUUAUCGCGAGAAUCGAGCAAUGGACCUCUGUUAUUUUCAUUCCGUUACUUUUUUCGCUAGUUCAUAGUUGCAUGCUGAACACACAGACUGAGUCGUUAUAUUUUUUAAGAUAACGUUAGAUCGCCUACGUCGGGUCUGAGACCCCAAUUUUUUUAGCCUCGUCCACCAAAGAUUUAACGAAAACUAACGUAUGCAAAAAGAUUAAGAAAAAUGACAGAAUUUUUAAAAGAGAACAAACAAAUUAUUGAACACAUGCCUACGAGAAAUGAAAAACAAAAAACAAAACGAAACGAAGGAAAUGAAAUAAACGCUCGACGUUUUGCCUGUAUAGCUGUUGGUAUUUCAUUGUCAUAAAUGAUCAUUGUUUGCGCCUUGUAGUUUAUGAAAGCGUUAUGUCGAUAGUUUCAUAAAAUAGGAAUUAAGAGUUAUUAUAAUUUACUGAAUCGCGCGAUGAAUUUAUCAAAGAUUAUUCAAUGUCGAACAGUUCAUUUUUCAAUUACCUCAAUAUCGCGAAAUCGCGAAACUUCAUUGGAAUUCAACUUAAGCAUCGAGAACUAGUUUUCGGAGUUUUUUCCACAACCAAAAAAAAAAUAUGUAUUGAUAUCGCGUAAGAAAAUUGAAAGAUACCGUUUUGAAUGAAUGUGAAAAUGAAGAAAAGACAGAGAAAAAAUAAUAAUGAAAAACUUCGAGUUACGCGAUUCAGUGGAUUGUUCCAACUCGGUAUGGGAAUGAAUAGAAAUUUUUUAAAAAUACAGAUGGUUGGUAUUGAAAUGUUGUAAAAUAUUGGAGAUUUAAUUUAAAUUGAUAUACAGAUUGGGGAAAAAAGAUAGAAAAAAAAAACAAAACAAUUGUAACGGGAAUGUGUUAAAAGUGUUUCGCUAUUAAAGCGAUUUGUAUAAUUGUUACUUUCAUUCGCUUCGACGAGCGACGAAACGAUAUUUUUUCAAAAAAAACUUCACCGUCCCAAACUACGUUUUUGCGUAGCUUGUUAAAGUCCAGAGUAUAUCAAUUGGAAUUACUCAUUGCUCCUCCUCCUCCUCCUCCUUUUUUUUAGAAAAUUUGCGGGUAAUCAAGCUAUAGAGUAAAUAAAAAUAAGCAUUUGAGAAAGUGUGCUCCGAUAAGAGAUCGGAAUUGUAAAACGUACGAAGAGUUAAGAGUUAAUCGAAUUCGAAUUAUUAUGAGCAGAAAGAACGACGAGCGAGAGGGAGAGAGUGAGAGAAAAGUAUCCCCUUAAAGGGCUCAGCCUAAAUGUACGCUAUGGAGAAGAAUUAGCUGCAUUGAUUAUUAGUAAUGCGAGUAUAUACGAGUAUUAAGAUAUGGGUUGAUUUUAUAUACACAUAUAUAUAAACAAAAGUAUACAAACAAAUGAACAAAUGGGUACAGUACAGGCCAAAAUUUCAGUCAUGCAAAUAGAAUUGUUAACACAGUUACUAAGCGAGAUAUCUUGGUCUUAAAAAUUCAUAAUCCGAUUCAACCAGAAGUAUUUUGAAGCGAACGAAUUCCUCUCCAUCUUGUAGUUUUCAUUUGAAUAUUUGGCCUGUAGUGCAUUCAUAUAUGUAUGUAUAUAUAGGUAAAUAUAUCAAGAUAUCCGUAAAACCAACAAGAGUAUUGCAGUUGUUGACAGGCCAGAUCAUGACGAUCUAUUACAAGGAAAUAUGACCUCAGGCAGUGUUAUCACUUUCGUAAAACACCCUGAAGAAUACAGAAAAACAGCUGCGUAAUGCCAAGCAUUGAAAUGAUUAUUUUCAAACGGAUGAAGUAAGAUCUGCAGUAUAACAGGAUGCACUCGAUAUUGAAAAAUUUCUUGAUCAAGAAAUAUUCUGCAUCUGACAGUUGAAAAUACGGAUUUUUUGAAUAAAUUAUUUUGUUCAAAUAUUACGAGGAGUUUGAAGUAUCGAAAGCAUGAAUAUUCUUAUUGUUGAGGUUUUUCCGAAAGGAAUUUGAGACUUUUAGUGAGUUUCAAUUCAGCAUAAAUCGGCCGCCAGUCAAUGCCUGCAAUAUUAAUGUUGGAUUAUGAGCUACCUUGCAUAUACACAUAUUUAUAUGAAAAAAAAACGAAGAUUGUAGAGAUCGUGUAAAUUGCGUUUACGUUAUCGUGAUAAAUGUUGAUUAUUUAUUGUUGCCUAGUUUAUGUGCCAAUGUGUUGUACUGAACAUGGAGCUAAUAAAUGUUAUAAGAUAUACAAAAAAAUAGCCUAAA